AUGGCACCGCGAGUACCCCCUCUUAAAGAUGCCAUGCAUCAUGUUGUUGCAAGGAAUGACAAAUCAAAACUCGAAAUAAAAUACAUCAAUGCUGUGAAAGGACGUGGGCUAUUUGCAAAAGGUUCAUUUUGCAAAGGUGAUUUUGUAGUCGAAUACAGGGGGGAGUUUAUAAAUAAUGCUGAGCUGGAGAGGAGGAGAAAAAUUUAUCACCCGUCUUGUUCCAUUUUCAUGUUUGAGUUUAAAUGGAGAGGGAAAACAUGGUGCAUCGAUGCAUCCAGGGAUGAUGGAUCAUUUGGACGGAUAGUUAAUGAUGACCACAUCCAUCCAAAUUGUAAGGUCAAGAAAAUAGAUGUAAGUGGAAAGCCACAUCUCUGUUUAUUUGCAAUUAAAGACAUCAAAGAAGGAGAAGAAAUUGCAUACGAUUAUGGAUCAGAUGACUGCCCAUGGAGAACUCAAAUGACUAGCAUGGCCGCUAAUAGCAGCGCAGCAGAUGACUCCAACCCUUCACUCCACUCUGAAACUCAGAUGGGUAAAGCUUCUGAUUCAGCAAGGUCUCCUCAACAGAUGACUAGCAUGGCCCUUAAUAGCGACGCAACAGAUGACUCCAACCCUUCACUCCACUCUGAAACUCAGAUGGGUAAAGCUUCUGAUUCAGCAAGGUCUCCUCAACAGAUGACUAGCAUGGCCGCUAAUAGCGACGCAACAGAUGACUCCAACCCUUCACUCCACUCUGAAACUCAGAUGGGUAAAGCUUCUGAUUCAGCAAGGUCUCCUCAACAGAUGACUAGCAUGGCCGCUAAUAGCAGCGCAGCAGAUGACUCUGACCCUUCACUCCACUCUGAAACUCUGAUGGGUAAAGCUUCUGAUCUGUCUCCUCAACAGAUUGAGAGACAGCAUCAAAUUGAAAAUGAGAUUAGUGUGCCAAAACUCAGACGGACAAAAAGUAUCUUGGUAAGUUUUCAAAUUCAAAGGUCGCUCAAUGUCUUUUUUGUAAUAAUCAGGGAUUUUGCUUGGAGCUGCAAUCAGAAUAUCUUUAUUAGCAUUCACUGA